UAUUUUUCCUAACUCACGGUCCUGAUGAAAUUUUCGCUGCAAUGUUUUUCAAAAUAAUCACCGGUACCACUGGACUGCUCACGGCACCGAUUCCGGCCAGGAUGGGGUCGGGGGUCGUGACAUUGAGUGCCUUGAACAUUGGCCCUGUGAAAGCGUUUAAUAUCAUGAGGACAUUGUAAGGUGGGUUUGACAAGGUUGGGGCAACCAAAAACGAUUUUAAAAAUUUCAAGCGAGACCUGAACAGGUAUAUAUCGAAGUUUGAUGCUGAUAUGAUGAUUAAACGGCUUUUGAGGAAGGAAGAGUACAUGCCUAACUUUUCAAUGGAGUAUAUAACAGACGAGAAUGGAGUUUUAAGGGGUUUGUUUUGGGCAGAUGAAGAUGCCAAAAGGAAUUUUUCUGUGUUUGGUGAUGUUGUUUCAUUUGAUGCCACAUAUCGUCGUAACAAGUACAACAUGAUGUUUGUUCCAUUUACCGGCAUCGACAAUCACAAUUGCAACGUUACUCUUGGUGCCGCUAUAAUAGGAAACGAAACUGCUGAAACUUACAGUUGGUUGCUAAAUGUGUUUCGUCAAGCAUUUGGCCGUGCCCCUCCGGUGAUUGUCACCGACCAAGACCCAGCCAUGAAGAAGGCUAUCGAAGAUACAUGGCCCGAGAGUAGACAUAGGCUCUGCAUGUGGCACAUCAUGGACAAGCUUUCUGCUAAGUGUUUUAGGUUGGUGCUUCAAUCUGCAAUAAUACAGAUUUCAAAAAGAGGUUGUGUGCCAUUGUGUGGACCGAUUCAAUUAUACCAGUUAAGUUUGAAAGUGAGUGGGCUACCAUAAUGAACGAUUUUAACUUGGUUGAUCAUGAGUGGCUGCAGUCACUUUACCAAAUCAGGGAUACUUGGAUACCAGCUUAUUAUCGUGAGGAGGUCAUGUCCGGGCUUAUGCGUACCUCUUCUCGUUCAGAGAGCGAGAACCAUUUCUUUGGACAGUUCUGUAACCCGGGUUGCACACUUGUCGAAUUUCUCGGGCAUUUUGAUUCUGCUAUUGAAGCUCAGAGACAUGAGCACAGGAAGAAUGACCAUGACACCAGAAAUACAAACGCUAAAAUAUGGGCUGAAGACUUUGUUUUGGAGGAUCAAGCGUCCAGGAUAUACACACGCACUAUAUUUUUUGACCAGCAGUUGGAGAUACAAAACGGUAUACACAGAUGUGCUAUCGGAAAGUGGGAAAACAUGGGUGACUUCGUUAACUUUUUUGUGAAGGACUGGGAACAACCAUGCACUACUUUCUUCGAGGUAUACACAUGAUGUUUUGUAGUGUUAUUGAUGUGCGUGAACUGUGUUAUAUUUUUGAUGUAUAUUUAAGCCCUUUUUACAC